AUGGUACUAAUUGUUUACACAAAAUGUGACGAUUACUAUACAAAACGCAACCAAAUUCUAAAACUUGAAAGCGACUUAAGCCUCGGAGGAAACACAACGCUCACAGUAAAGGAAGGUAUUGUUAACAAAUGCUUGAUGAUACAAAAGUUAAUUGAUGCUGAUAAUGCAUUCGAUCAUCCGGAAACUUACAACUUCUCACAUCAUUUCUUCUCAUAUAAGGACAGAAUACCUACUUCAAAGGUUUACAAGAUCAUCAAGGCGAUGCCUAAAGGAGCUGUGUUACAUAUUCACGACAUGGCGAUCAUGGGACCUGAUUAUAUGUUGAACAUCACUUAUAUGGACCAUUUAUAUGUUUGUAUUGGAAAGCGAAUACAGUUUUUGUUUUCGAAAGCAGUGCCGAAAACCGAAUGUUGUGGUGAGUGGCAACUUAUGAGUCAAGUCAGACAUGCAGCAAAAAAUGUUACCAAGUUUGAUUUAGAAAUUAGGAAGCAUUUUACACUUGUUGUGGACAACCCUGACUUUGUGUAUCCAACAAUCAAAGAAAGUUGGGAUACAUUUAUGCAAUAUUUUGGAACGGUGCUCGGUUUAAUUACAUAUGAACCAGUGUGGCAACAAUAUUUUUAUGAUGCUUUGGACUCUUUAAGAAAGGAUAACGUUAUGUAUGUAGAAGUAAGAAGUGUUUUGCCAAAGCUUUAUGAUCUAGAUGGUACUGUUUAUGACCAGAAAGUGACGGCAAAAUCUUACAGAAAAGCCAUUAAAAAAUUUGUUUCAGCACAUCCUGAUUUUAUUGGGGCAAAACUUAUUUUUGCACCCUCAAGGCAAGUAGACGCUCAAACUGUAGAAGAAUAUGUAAAAUUGGCAAGAGAAUUAAAGAACGAAGUACCAGAUAUAUUUGCUGGCUUUGACUUAGUUGGACGUGAAGACCUUGGCAAUCCUCUAAUAGAGUUUGCAUCAAUAUUGAAUGAUGCAAAGGAUUUGAAAUUCUUUUUUCAUGCAGGCGAAACUGAUUGGUAUGGAAGUUCAACGGACAUGAACCUUAUAGAUGCAGUACUUCUUGGAGCUAAGCGUAUUGGUCAUGCGUAUGCGCUGACGAAGCAUCCUGUGGUUAUGAAACAUGUGAUUGAGAAUGACAUUGGAUUAGAGAUUAAUAUAGUCUCGAAUGCCGUGUUAUCGUUGGUUAAAGAUAUCCGAAACCAUCCGUUGAGUGUUUUUCUAAGUCACAACUUACCAGUUGUGUUGUCUAGUGACGAUCCAGGUGCUUGGGAAGCCGAUCCUUUAUCAGAUGACUUUUACAUAGCUUUUGUUGGUGUUUCUAGCAAGUUCUCAGACUUAAGGAUGUUAAAAACUUUGGCUCUUAAUUCUUUGAAGUAUAGUGCAUUAGAUCCUGUCGAAAAACAAAGGGCUAUCCGCUCGUUCCACCAAAAAUGGGAUGAUUUUGUAGAAAAUUUUGACUGUUCGAAGUAUUAA